AGAGGAAAAGAGACACCCCACUCGCUGUAUUUUCCUGGUUCAAUUAACGUCAAUGAACUAAGUAGACCCGACCAGGCCCAGCUGCAAUCGCAUUGGAGUCUGAGAGACGCACCCAGUUAAGUAGACCGGAACUGAUCAUUUGUUUCAAUGGUAAACGGCUUGUGUGAACUAUCUUCAUUUAUCCACCAUCUUUGUUACUGUCUGCUGCUCUUCCAUCGGAAAAGAUGGCUGCCUCGGCAGCAUCGGCGGGUUCUACCCCCGGUUUUUGCCCAAGCUACGCCGUGAUAUGCUCUUUUCUAGAGCGGUAUGGAACCUUGCUUGAUUUACCGGAGCUUACAUUUCCACAGUUGGAGCGAUAUCUCCAAGACACAAUCUCAGUUCCAAAGAUCUUGGUGGACCUUCACGUGAAGUUGUUGAGGAAGAUUGGCAAGUCAGUGUCCGCAGACAGAUGGGAGAAGUACCUUGUGAAGGUGUGCCAUGAGUUCAACAGUACUUGGGCAUGGGAGCUUGAAAAUAAAGGAUACAAGGACAUGUCUGUGGAGUACAAGACUGGAAUCCUCAAACAUUUGUGUGAAUGCCAGUUUGAUGACAAUGUAAAGUUCAAGACAGCAAUCAAUGAGGAGGAUCCUGAUAAGAUGCGGCUUCUCCCCAUUGGCAAGGACAAAGAUGGCCUGAUGUACUGGUUCCAACUUGACCAGGACAAGAAUGUGAGGGUCUAUGUGGAGGAGCAGGACGACCUGGACGGGUCUUCCUGGAAGUGCAUUGUCAGAGACAGAAACAGCUUGGCUGAGAUCCUGGCACUGCUAAAGACUCAAAUCGACCCAGCACUGUUGACAAAGAAAGAAGGAGAGGAGGAAGAUGAGGCGAAAAAUAAUACUGGGGGAGAAGGGGAAGUUAAAAAGACAGAGGAUACCUCAGAGGAUGAAGAGGACAAACCCUCCAAGGGAACAACUUCCUUAGUCUCUCCAAAAACCGAGAUUACAGAAAAAAAGGACUCACAACUAGACGAAUCAGAUGCCAAAUCUUCAUUGAAUGGCCUCAAAGAUGAGUCCGAGUCAAAAAGCCAAUCAGAGGAGCCUAUGGUGUAUGACAAGGUCACCAUAAACACCCGGGCCAUCAAAGAAGAGCCAAUGGAGGUGUCAGAAUCCAAGGAGAGCACAGCCACAAAUGCUACAGAGCCUCUUGCAGAGAAACCUUGUCUGACGCCACAAACAGAACAGACAGAUGAAGCCAAGAGGAAGACUGCAAAUGAACUCCAAAGGGCCAUGAAGAAUGACCAGCAGGCCAAAAUCCCAUUGAAAAAGAGAGAGAUGAAACUUUGUGAAAAUUUUGAUAAUAAUAGUGGCGGUGGCAGUAGUAUCUUUGUGCGAAACCCAUCUGUUGCUCCUGUCAAAGAAGCUCCUGAAGUUGAGGAGACAAGUAAAGAGAUCUCUGAUGCCCCGGUGGGGACGAUAGAGUGUAUAAGUGAUCAAAUGAAUGGUGAUGCUCAGCCUACAACAGAAACAAGUGUCAAUAAUGGUUUAAGAGACUCUGUUGAUGGCAAAAAACAGCAAACAAAAGCUGCUGCUGGGGAAGAACGUAAAGCAGCAGAAGCUAGUGCAAAAGAGAAAAUAAACCUGGACAAGGAGAAAGAGGAGAUGGCAAGCAACACUGAGGUGGCCAUGGCCAAUGAAACAAGUCUACAGAAAAUGGUUCCAGCAGAAAAGGAAAGCACUGAAGAUUCAGAGGAAGUAAAAAAAUCUGCCUUAAAAGAGGCUAAAUCUCCGUCUCCUCUAAUGACAAAGCCAUUGACUUCAUCUAAGGAUGCAACAAGCCCACCGGAGAAGCACUCUGAUUGUAAAGAGGAACAAAAUGUCAAGGUAUCCAAGUGGGAUGUAAAAGUGUGUCGUACAGAACACACGACCUAUACAUCAAUAGAAACCGAUGAAAACCCUUUGUCUAGUAAGUCACAGAAACCAGAUGAAACUAAAGGAACAGAUUCAUCCAUUACCUCUCAAGAGGUCAAGUCAGCUGUCUCUAAGGAAACAGACAAAACAGUUGUGAAUAAGGACGAUUAUCCCCUUUCUGUCGUGAAAGAUAUGGAAAAACCACCCUGCACAAAAGGUACAGAAAAGUGGUCAAACCCUAAAAACCCAGAAACCUCAGUCAUUACUAAACAAACCGGGAGACCUGACCCAAUUACAGAGAAACAAGACCACUCUAAAUGCAUAAAGAUGCCAACUGUCGUAAAAAAUACAGAGAAACCACCCGACAAAGAGGGUGUAGAGAAAUGUGAUGUUUCUAAAGAUAUCAAAACUUCUGUAAUUAAAAAGACAGAGAUUUCAGAAAAGAGUAAAGAUGCUGAGAACCUGGUCAUCUCUCAAGAGACCAAUACGUCCUCAUUCCUUAAAAAGGCAGACAAACCAGUUUCCAAUAAAGAAGCAGAGAAACUGGAGAGCAUUAAAGAGACUAAAUCGUUGGUCAUUAAAAUGACAGUGAAACCAGAGGCAUCUAAACAUACAGAGAAAUGUGAUAACCCUAAAGACAAUAAAAUGUCAGCUGUCACUAAGGAGAAACCUGCUGUAGGCACAGAUGCAAAGGCUGCCUCUGAGGUGAAGAAAAAAGCUGUCCUGGAGGAAGUUUUCUCAGCGUCUAUCUGUAAAGAUGAAAUGAGAACGGUUGCUAAAGCGACGAAGACACAAUCUGGACCAAAAGACAUGGAGAUGGCAGACGUCUCUGAGAAAACAACCCAAUCACAACUGGGUGAACCCAAAAAGGUAGAGAAAUCAGCUACCCCUAAAGAUAUUGGGAAAUCGGUUACCCCUAAAGAUGCAGAGAAAUGUGCUACCCCUAAAGAUGCAGAGAAAUCUACUAAAUUGGUUACCCCUAAAGGUGGGAAAUUGGCUACCCCAAAAGACACAGAGAAAUCAGCAAUGCCUAAAGAUACAGUGAAAUAUGCUAAAUCGGCAGCACUUAAAGACGCAGAGAAAUUGGCUACCUCUAAAGAUACAGAGAAGUCUGCUAAAUCUGCUACACCUACCCCUAAAGAUGCAGAGAAGACUGCUAAAUCCGCUACACCUACACCUAAAGAUGCAGAGAAGUCUGCUAAAUCAGCUACACCUACCCCUAAAGAUGCAGAGAAGUCUGCUAAAUCCGCUACACCUACCCCUAAAGAUGCAGAGAAGUCUGCUAAAUCCGCUACACCUACCCCUAAAGAUGCAGAGAAGUCUGCUACACCUACCCCUAAAGAUGCAGAGAAGUCUGCUACACCUACCCCUAAAGAUGCAGAGAAGUCUGCUACACCUACCCCUAAAGAUGCAGAGAAGUCUGCUACACCUACCCCUAAAGAUGCAGAGAAGUCCGCUACACCUACCCCUAAAGAUGCAGAGAAGUCCGCUACACCUACCCCUAAAGAUGCAGAGAAGUCUGCUACACCUACCCCUAAAGAUGCAGAGAAGUCUGCUACACCUACCCCUAAAGAUGCAGAGAAGUCUGCUACACCUACCCCUAAAGAUGCAGAGAAGUCUGCUACACCUACCCCUAAAGAUGCAGAGAAGUCUGCCACACCUACCCCUAAAGAUGCAGAGAAGUCUGCCACACCUACCCCUAAAGAUGCAGAGAAGUCUGCCACACCUACCCCUAAAGAUGCAGAGAAGUCUGCCACACCUACCCCUAAAGAUGCAGAGAAGUCUGCCACACCUACCCCUAAAGAUGCAGAGAAGUCUGCCACACCUACCCCUAAAGAUGCAGAGAAGUCUGCUACACCUACCCCUAAAGAUGCAGAGAAGUCUGCCACACCUACCCCUAAAGAUGCAGAGAAGUCUGCUACACCUACCCCUAAAGUUGCAGAGAAAUCGGCUAAAAACACAGAGACGAUCUCUAAAAAGAUUGUUCUAUCUUCUAGGGGACAGAAACCAGACACUGAAGAAACUGAGAAACUGGCAGACACAAAGCCAGUUGCAGAAAAAGGAGAGAAACUUGUCACCUUUCAGGACGCCAAGCAAUUACCCUCUCUCAAAAAGUCUGUCCCAGUGGAGGUGAAACAGGAGGAGCCUAUGGAAAUGUGUUCGGAAAAGUCAACACAUGACAACAUAAAGAUCAAGGGACAUGCUGAAAAAGGCUGGCCUAAAAAGGCUGUUAAAAGUGGAGUGAAGUCUGAGACCAACCCUAUCAAAGACCCAAAGCCCAUGAACUGUGAUGCAUCAUCAGAAAAACAGGCUAUUAGUAAGAAGGCAUCAUCUCUCACUGAGGGUGAGACGGACAAAGUAAUCAAGGAAGAUGCCACAACACAGGGAUGCCCCCCAAAAGAGGAUGGGAGUAAGCCUGAUCAUCCUAAGAAAAAUGACAAAAUGGAGGAUGAUGGAACUGAGAAAGAUGACAAAAAUUCAACGGUAGAAGAGAAAUUGGUUCAGGCAAAAGCAAGUGAGGGGUCUGAGGAAGAUGAUGACAAAGAGGAUGAGGACAAGGGUGAAAAAAAGGAUGCGGGAACAACAUCAGAGAUCCAAGAGGAGGGAAUUCGCCUGAAAAUACGCGGGAUUACCCACCGGAGGAGAGCUGAGCUCCAGAGAAAGGAGAGGGACUCUGGGUCAGAUACUGGUGAGACUGGGAGAUCCCUGAGGAGGUCACCCAGGAUCUGCAGGCCGACCGCUAAGGGGGUGGAGUUCCAGGACAGGAGGAUGGAGAAGAAAGAGGCCACACCCCCUGUAGAGAAGGGUGAUGAGGAGAAAACUGUUCAGAGGAAACCGAGAGAGAAGGUUGAUCAAGAUGGACUGUACAAAUCUAAGGGACGACGGAGGAGAAAGACCCGGUGGUCCAACACUCGAACACAAAGGCGCAAAAAUAAUGAUUCUGGUGAAGACGAUGAAAGUGAGUCGAGUGAAGAGGAGAGCGAGGAGGACAACAGUGAUGAGAGCUUUAAGGUGGAGAGGGGCAAGAGGAGGAAGAGGAACAGAGAGAGGCACAGCGAUGACUCUGACACCUCCUCAGAUGAUGACCUCCCUCCUAACGAUGACCCCUGCAAACACUGCGGCCUCCCCAACCAUCCUGAGCUGAUUUUGCUGUGUGACUCGUGUGAUAGCGGCUACCACACGGCCUGCCUCAGACCCCCUCUCAUGAUCAUCCCAGACGGGGAGUGGUUCUGCCCACCCUGCCAACAUAAGCUGCUCUGUGACAAGCUUGAUGAGCAGCUUACUAAUCUCGAUGCUUCCCUGAAAAAGAGGGAGCGCGCUGAGCGACGAAAAGAGCGGUUGGUCUAUGUUGGAAUCAGUGUUGAAAACAUCAUCACUCCCUCGUUGGAGGUAGAGGAAGAAAGGGAGGAAGAGGUGGUAAAGAAGGAGAAGAAGGAGCGAACCAAGAGCUGGGGUCGAAGGUCCACAAGGGCAAAGAAAAGCAUAAGCUACAGGUUUGAUGAAUUUGAUGAGGCUAUUGAGGAGGCAAUUGAAGAAGACAUCAGAGAGGCUGAUGGUGGAGGAGCUGGUCGAGGGAAGGACAUGGCCAACAUCACAGGCCAUAGCAGAGGGAAGGACAUGUCCACUAUCCUGGCGGCAGGAGAGGGUGGCGAGGGCAAGGAGAAUGGGUGCCUGCCGCGGCCCAACGCCAGCCAGCGCAGGAGGAAGCGCCGGCGUCUCAACGACCUGGACAGCGACAGCACUAUGGAGGAGGAAGAGAGCGAGGACGAGUUCCGUCUCAGUGACAGUACGGAGGAAGAGGAGUUUGUGGCGUCGGACAAGAGCGAUGCAGAGAGCGAAGUGGCAGUCGACUCCAAUGACGACAGCGACUUCGGCAGCACACAACGCAGAACCGCCAGGACAAGGAGGCCAGCCAAACGUCAGAGGAGUGCUCAGCUGCGACGGCGCCGCACACCACGAAGGUACUCAGACGAUGAAGAGGAGACGAGUGAGGAAGAAAUGGUGUCGGAGGGCUCCAGCGAGUUCAGCGAUAGCGACCUGGACUGUAGCCGACGCCGAUCCCGCCGGAGUCAGACGACGAAGCAGGUCAACUACUGCGAGUCGUCCGGAGACUCUGACGGCUCCAAGGCCAACACAAACCGUGACAAAGUCAAACCGUGGCGGCGCCUCGCCAGUUCAGACAGCGAAGCGAGCUCCUCCAGAGGCUCAGACGAGCGGGAGAGGACUAGGUUAAAGAGGAGGGCCGACUCGUCCAAAAAGGAAUCCCAGCAGCACCGCAGACGACUUUCGCUGAAACGGCGGCGAGCCUCUGAGGAGGACGAUGACGACCACGAUUCCGAUGAAUCAUCGGAGGGAGAACGUCCUGUCCGCAAGCGUGUGAACCGCAUCGACUCGGACGACUCUGACAAGGAGGAGGAGAAGGAGACGAAAGAAACCAGGGAAGAGGAGGAAGGGGGAGUGCUGGGGAAGGGAGCCAGCCCGUUGGACUAUGGCCUGGUGGAGCUGCAUCCCCCCACCAAUGGACAGAGUCCCAUCAAGGCCCUAGAGGGCCUGGCUCACAUUGGGCCCCAAAAACCUGGGGCCACAGCUGUCGCCAUAGCGCCCAAUGGACUGGAGUUGGCACCACAGGAUGAUGAUGAGGAUGACCUGCUGGGGGUCACAGACCUGGUGGACUUUGUCUGCAACAGUGAUAUGUUGUAAAAACCCAAGUUGUACAUUUGUUCUUUUCUGUAGUAUUUUAAAAAAUGUUUCUGUCCUGUCCUUAUUAUAAAACUGUUUUAUUCAUCCUCCUUGUCCCCCCCCAUUAGUAUGACCCCAUCCAUCCGUAUGAACUGGACAUCUUACGGGGGGAAAGUUCAUUGUCUUCACACCUUUCGCAGUGUGAUUGUACAGUCAUUGAGAGCACUAACUCCAAAGGUUGUUAAGUGGCACGUUACAUUGCAUUGUCUUAUCCUCUGUACUCGGUCACCGAUGGACAUGUGGGUCAGAUACUUGACAGUAAAUGACACACAAAUCAACCUACCUGUUUCUCCAGCCAACUUCUACUCAGGGGUCCAUCCACUACCCCCACAUACAAAGAGUCCAUCUCCCCAAUUCUUGGUUGUGUUCAUUAGGCCCCAAACGGUUGAAAACCGACAGACCGAGAGGGACUACCUUGCCUUGUCCAUUUAAGAAACGCUGAUUUUCUGUUGUGUGACCUAAUGAACAUGACCCAUGACUUCCUGUUCUGAGAGGCACCUCUCAGUAUUCCUGCCUGGCAAAGGACAUUUUCUUGUAUGACAUUAAUUGUUUGUUGGUAGGAUGUAAAUGUGUAUUGUUGUUCAACAUUCUUAUGAGAAUAGAUGUCAGGGGUCAAACUGCAUUCCAUUUACGACUUAAAUUAACAUAGUUUUGUGGAUCAACUGCUGGAAACCAAUCGUUGUUUUUAUCCCCCUGCUCUUUACCCCAAACUUUAAAUAUGAAUGUCUUUCACUUUUUUGAUAUUUGAAUUCCACAUUUUAAUCCUCUUACAUCGAUCAAACUAUUUAUCAUUACAUUUUACAUUUAAGUCAUUUAGCAGACGCUCUUAUUCUUUGUUUUGAUGUGUUCAAUUUUAUUAGUCAUUUGUUUGAUAAGCUAAACCAUUACACAGGUUUCCCACUUUCUUUUAUACACCAUUUAAAACAAGCACUGGAUGAAAAAGCAUGAGCAUAACAGUUUAAGUCAGAAUUCCCAUAGGAAAACAUGACACAGAACCAUCGUCAUCAUCAUGCUAGAAACAGCUUUUUUUAACUGACAGACUGGGAGACCAGACCCACAACCGAUCCCAUACUUUCUAGAAAAUACAAUCUCCAAAAGAGUGUUUCUCAUGGAUUUGGUUAAUUGUUUUACUCAAAGUAUUGAAAUGUUGUACUGCAGCCUAUAUCCCGUUUUUAUUUUUAUCAAACUUUCCCAUCAAGUGGUAUUUUUAAUUAUUGUUACAAACACUAUUAAGGCAGCUAGUUCCUCAGUGCAUCACGCCAAAUUACAGGUGUCAUUUAAUCAACAUUAAAAUGUGUUAACUACCACCACAUUGACAAGACUUUCCUUUAAAUGGAGGUUUGAGUGUAUUUAAUGUCACCAACUAGAGUAGACCAACCCUGAUCUUCUCACCUCUGUGCAUAUGUUUCUAAAAACCCUAGUUUAGUUUUUGUGUACGUAUAAAUAUAAUUUUAGUGUGUGCUGCCAACACUAUCAAUGGAUUAAAUGCCCACGUUUUAGACUUUUUUUAUAUGCUAAUAUUUGAAGGGAUUUGUUAUGUACAGAAUUUUCUGCCAACUUUCUCUGUUCCUCUCAAUAACCAUGUCAGCAUUUUAACCAUUAUUUUACGUAUGUUGUGUUUUUAUAAUGUAUUUCUUUGUAUAUCAAAUCAUCCACUUAUUGUUUUCCUCCUUAGCAAACCAAGUGGCAUACUGUUUCCUAUGUACCUUCUUGUCGAUACUGUAUGUAGGUUCAAAACCUUGAAGUAAAGGUACUUACUGAGUAUACACCUAACUACCUGUCGUUGUUCAUCGACUAUUUUAAAUAUUUUUUUACAUUUUUUAAAAUGUCCCCUGGUCUUUUCGGAACCCUCUGCCACCACCAGUGUUGAUUGUAGAGAACACUACCCUCGCUCUAGUCUUCCCUCUACAUCUUACUGCAUCAACUGGAGACUAAAUAAACGUCUCCGAUCUCAGAAUGCCUAUCCUUUGUCUGUUCUCAAAUAUGAGCUCAUUUUGGUUUUAGGGUUCCAUUUUGAGGUCAGGUUAAAUCACUGCCUUUCUGGGCCUAUGUUCAAACAGUUUCUCAGAGUAGGACUGCUGUCCAUAUUAUUCAUAAUGAUCUAAAAUGCAACUGAUCCUAUAUCAGCACUCCUACUCUGAGACUGAAUACAGGCUCUGGCCUUGAAUCAAAAGAAGAUUAUGGAUAAACGGCAUGCUGGAUUAAUCUUUGUUAGGGAAUGAUAUACCAGAAUGCAACUUGUUUGGGGGAAAUGGUUUAGACCAUAAAUUGACCUCUAAUGUUAGUGUGUAUAUCAAGUUUUUGCUGUAAUGUAUAUUUAGAGGCAUUUUCUUUUAUGGAAAUAAAUAUAUUUGGCAAUUAUUUAUGAUUGCAUUUAUGAUUGCAUUGUUUAUAAUAGUUUUCCUUGUAGAGGGGUUGUGAUAUUGGCACCACUGUUUUGUAAUGAAUUCAUUGGAUAUCUGGCAUGUUUGUUGGAUGUUAUUUUGUUAUGUGCAGAUGCGUUGGCCACCUUAAGGAUUUACAAGGUUCAAUAGUCACAAACUCUUUUGCUCAGCAGUGUUCCUUGUGUCUUGCCACUGAACAAGAGAGCAUGAACCAACCACUGGAGGCACGGACGACACCUGGCAGGACUGAUGAGUUGUGUUCAGUAAGCAUAAAAUGGUAGAAAACAGAGUGAAAUGGGGAGGUGCUAACUGAACUUGUCCAAUAUGAAGCCCUUGUUUUAAUUUUCAGUUGUGCCCCAAUGAACAUGACCCUGGACACAAAGGUGGCCAUCGUCAGAAUCAUGGGAAAAGUUCAAGAUAAAUGCGCUCUAAUUAAGAAAUUAAGCCUACUUGUAAAUUUGUCUUUUGUAAAGAAGUGUUGGCAUGUGUUCAUCACCAAUGGUAAACUUCUUAUUAGUCUUGGUUAAUCACACAAUGUUUUUAAUACUUCUGUGUGAAGGAAGGUUAAUUACAAAUCAUUUCUGAGCUGCCUGCAAUGCACUCCACGAACAUGAUAAUAUUGACUUGAAUUACCGCACCAUUAGUUGGACUGCCCCAAAGCGUCUACUGGCAGUUGCAUUGUGGGAAUCAUAUGCAAAUGACUUGGGUUAGUUUACCAUCGUUUUGAGAUGAAAAAAAUGUCUGAUUUCUGAUGUAAUGUUUUCAAGAGAUUAUGUUUAUCACCUGUAUUUCAUGAGUAUGACAUGGUGGACCUACUUCAUUUUAAAUGACACAUCUGUUGGAGCAAAUUAUCAUAUAAAGGUACACUAGUUGGGAGGGGCAGUCUGACACACAGGCAGUCCUCUGCCAGGGGGAAGUUGGUGCCAAUGAUUCAAAAGUGUUUGUUCCUUAUUAUUGUUUAUUACAGGUAGAAUUGGAAGACUGGGGAGACAACUUAUACUGUAGGUCUGGUAUAUCAACAUUAGCUUGUAGAUUGGUUUUCUAUGUUUUGUCUGUUACUCUUCAAUACCUUUUUGUUAACUUCACUCUAUUUUCUUUCAUAUUAAUACGAUCUGUACAUUUGUCAUAAUAAAAAGCUUUUUUAAACAAGGAA